AUGAGACUUGUCCUGCUUCUCAUAAACCCACCUUCAGCCUCACUGUUCACCGGCAACCUACUCCUGCCCUUUGCUCUCCUGCACCAUCUGCUUUGCAGCACCUAUCAAGCAUUUGGAAUCCUGGUGACCCCAAAUUGGUGCACAGUAUUUGGUGGGGUGAUAGAUUUAGCAAUGGUGUCCGAGACCUCGGUGGUUGACAAGCUGAUAAGGUUUGGUCAGUCAGCACAGGGAAAGGCUCAGGGCCUCCUGGUUUGGCUCCAGAAACCCAACCAUCGCAGUCCGACUGAAAUCCUGAAGCGGCUGCAACGAGAAGCCUUCUCAGACAUCAUGAAACUCAGGGACAGGCAAGAGAAGGUCGAGAGGUUGCUGACCUAUAAAUCUUCCAAAGGGAGCCCAUUUCAAGAAGCCAGCACACAUGUAAGAGGUAAAGUCGAUGUGAUGGGAGCAUUGUUUUUCAUGGAUGGUGUUGAUGAGCACAAAUAUGAUGCGGUUCAGAAGUCGGGCAUCAGAACAGGCAUUGAUACAAGGCUUGCAUUUGAAACCGGCAUUCGGGAAAGAGACACUCUAUUGGCAGAGUUUAUUGCCAGUGAAAAGGGUCGGGGUGGUGAUAUAUCGUGUGGAUCACUUUCGCUCUCGAAAGUAUUGUAUAAAGCUCAUGUGACGAAUUGGUUCUCAGCAAUUGCAGUUCCAUUGGGUGCACAUUGCAGGGAUGUUGGAAUCCCGUUGAGUUCUCACCAGGAAAUGGGCCUUACCACUUAUUCUGAAUGUGGUCCUCCACUUUUGAACCAAGAAAACAGCAGCGCCAUUGGCAUAACUGUGAGGAAAUCAAAUGUGGCGGCCUCAUUGGCUCAAUUUGUUUCGGGUAUAGGGCUGCAAGUCAAUUCAAGUGGGAUUGGACGUGCCUUGAGCACGUUUGGACAGGUCGUUUGGCAACUCCCAAAAAACACAAAGCUUUCCCUUGUGGGCGUGCACAAGGAGUUCAAACCAUCGGGUCAAGAUUUGAGUCUUGGGGCAUUGGCUCUCCCUGUGAACCUAUUUAAACGGAAUAGAUUUUCGGAGGCAUUAGUGGAAGAAGAUGGACCGAGUGAUUUUGGAAGACGUGACUCAGGUGGGUCAAUAGCCUUGAUGUUUAAUUCCGACAUUGAUGAGGGGAUGAGAAUAGGAGGUUGGAUAGAGAAGAGAAAUUCAAAUCCGAGUAAUUUACAGUGGGCGGUAGGUGUGUGUGAUACACCUGAGGAUGAGUUUGGAUGGGGCUUGAGCAUUGGGGGGUCGUCGUGUGGCCUUGAUAGUUUUUUAGAACAUCUCCAGGUCGAGUCGUUUUUGAAUUUGAGCUUUGGUGGAAAGUUCAAAUUGCGGCCGGCUGUUGUGUACGUGAAGGAUGGGGAAUGCCAGUUUCCUGCACUGAUGUUACGGUCAAGUUGGUCGCUAUGA